AUGAUAGUGCGAGUGUGGUGCGAGAGCGGUGCUGGUUGGUCUUCCACUCCUGUGCCUGUUACUCCUCACACCACCAGUCGGGAUGUCCUGGAUUGCUGUCGGGAGCCAGGAGACGAGCCAUGUCUGCUGCUGAGCGUGCAUCCCGACCUUGGAGUGCAUGUUCUUCGUGAUAGCGAGUUACCUUUGGAGCUGGCUGCUGCCCUGGGUCCAGAUGUCCAAUUUGUACUCAAAUACAUCGAUACUGUCUGUAGACAUUUCGUUGCCAUUUUUGGUUCGAAUGACAAAGAAUCUGGUAUGAAUAGAUAUAAUAGUGGAAUGCAAAGGAAACAGAUCAUUGGUAUUCCAUCAGAAUACAAUUACAAUGGACAUAAAGAUGGAAUGCAAUCUCGUUGGAUAUUGAGGGAUAAAUUACCUUCGGCUAAGCAGUCUAAACAAUCCUAA